ACUUAUCUUUACUAUAUGAACAGAAGUAUAAUCAAACAUCUUCUGAAUAUGAUGGGAUCUCAUUUGUGUUUACCCAAAAGCCAGAGUGAAGAGUGCGAGAGAAGGAGAGGGAAAACGAUGGCGGAGUUGGGAAGGGAUCGUUUCUCGGCCUUGCCGGAAAGCCUGGUGAUCAUAGAAAUUCUCUCCCGAACAUCCCCGCGUGAUGUGUGCCGGUUUUCGGCCAUCUCGAGGGGAUUCAAAUCGGUCGCUGAUUCCGACAGCGUAUGGGACAGGUUUUUGCCGUCCGAUCAUCGGAAGAUCAUAUCGAGGUCGGUGUACCCCGUGGCCUUCUCCACCAAGAAACAACUCUACUUUCUCCUGGCUGACGGUUUUGUUCUCCUCGACGGUGGUAAACUGAGCUUCUCUUUAGAUAAAGCUAGCGGGAAAAAGUGUUUCAUGCUAGGAGCCCGAGAGCUUGCAAUUGAAUGCGGAAGGUUUCCAGUUAAUUGGACAUGGAGGCAUUUGCCACAGUCAAGAUUCUGGGAGCAGGCCAAUCUUCGUGCGGCGCCUUGUUUUGAUAUUUCAGGUAAAAUAGAGGCUCGAUUGUUGUCUCCAAAAACAACUUAUGUAGUGUACCUUUUGUUCGAUUUGGGGCCGCUAAAGUAUGGAUAUAAGGGUCUCCCAGCAAAGGCAUCCGUAAGAUUUGAAGGGGAAAGAGGAGAUGGAAAUGGAGCCGGAGAUGGUGAUGAGAUCACCAACAUUGUUUCUUUGGCAAUUCGACGAUUUAGUUCUGGUUCUGGCGGACAAUUUGCACAGCAAAGAAUGGAUAAGUGGAUGGAGACUGAAUUGGGAGAGUUUUUCAAUGGUCAAGGAAAUACUGGUGAAGUAGAGAUCCGGCUGAUGGGGUUCGAGGGAGAUUACAGGACAUAUGACUUAUUUGUUGAAGGCAUUGAGCUUCGGCCUAAAAUCGAUUCUUGAAUAACAGGGUGUGUUUGUUUGUUGCCUUGGCAGUGUACAUAUAUAUAUUAAGGUAUUUCAUUUUUCUUGUGAGCAUGGUUGUGCUAGUUCUUUUUUUUGGAAUUGGGUAAAUUUUGGUUUUAAAUUUGAUGAAGGAUGACUUGGUUAGAGCUAGAUUUAACGCUGGCAAUCCUUCUCUAUUGUUAAAAAUGCCUAAUAAGAUACCUAUAUCUAAAAUUUCAAAUAAA